AUGGGUGACAUUGGGGUUGAUGAUAUUUCCACAGUCAUGCCCACAUCCUCAGAGUCAGAUGCUAAGUUUGAGAAAACCAGUAUCGAUGAUAAUAUCUCGACUCACGCUGAACCCCUUGUUUUGAUGAAGAAAGGAGGGCGACUGUUCUCUGGACUUUUAGGGCUAAAUGUGUUGCUCCUAGCUAGUGUUCUAGUUAGUAGCGCUGCCUUCAGUGAUGUAGCAGUAGUUGAGCGUGAGGUGCUCUCUUUGCUGUGUGUUCUUAUGGGCCUUACUGCUUGCUGGAUGAUUGUGUACCUUACCUGGACAUCAAAAAAGAAGAACUAUAGAAACCUGAAGGAUUCACAUGCUGGUCCCAUCUGGCUAAAAGUGGGUCUGGUUGUCUUUGGAGUCUGCACUUUGGUUCUCGAUGUGCUGAAGAUUGGUAAAUCAGCCAGUUUGAUGCACUGUGAAUCUCCAAUCAAAAUUAUUUACCCAAUCUUCCAGGGAGUGUUUGUUGUCAUACAGACAUACUUUCUUUGGGUAGCCAGUAAAGACUGUGUUCAGAUCCACACGAAUCUCACCAGGUGUGGUCUUAUGCUGACUCUAAGCACUAACCUAUCAGUAUGGAUGACAGCUGUGACUGAUGAAUCUCUUCAUCAGACUCCAAGUAAUGAUAAUUCAUCCGGUGGACACAGGAUGUUGAGAGCUGGUGGAGGAUCCGAUGGAUGUUACUGUGAGAGUGCUGCUUGUGAAACAUUUGAGACUGGAUAUUACUAUUUAUACCCCUUCAAUAUUGAGUACUGCCUGUUUGCUUCAGCCUUAUCUUAUGUGAUGUGGAAGAAUGUGGGUCGUGUCAUAAAUCAAGACUCCCACUUCACACACCAUUCUUUACGUUUUCCAAGACUCUUUGUGGGACUUGCUUGCGGAGUAGGGAUUUUUGUAGCCGGUCUGGUUAUAUUUAUUAUGUAUGAAAUUGAUAUAGGUUCAGAUAACUACAGUGAGCAGGCUCUGAAAAUGUUUUACAUUUUCAACAUAGUGGCACUCAGUCUUAUGUCUCUUAGCUCACUUGCUUGCACUAUAAUCUUCAGGUUUGACAACAUAGACGCAGAUAGGCACAAGAACCCUACACGUAGUCUAGAUGUUGGCCUGCUCAUAAUAGCAGCUCUGGGCAAAUACAUUAUUUCAUAUUUCUCAAUUAUAGCAAUUAUUGCAAAGUCUGCCGAAAAAUACAUGGAUGUCCUCAACCUUGUGUAUUCAUUACUCAUCCUUGUCCAGCUCACGUUUCAAAAUAUCUUUAUUAUUGAGGGACUUCACAGAGAGCCAAUUCAUGAUGAACAUGCAGAUCAGCACCACACAGUGGAGCAUAAUGGUGGACAAGAAGUUUACAUCAAUACAGUGGCCACAGCUUCUCAGGGCAAUCAUUUAGGAGCUGAACAUGGGCACGAAGUUCACGCAAACCAUCAUGAGACACAGCCACACUCUGGUUCAAGAAGAGCUCACAUGGACUUGAAGAGGAAGCUGAUAAAGGAGUUUUCAUUGUUUCUGCUUCUUUGCAACAUUAUUUUCUGGAUUAUCCCUGCCUUUGGAGCCCGUCCUGAGUUUGACAAUGGCCGUGAACUGAAUUUCUAUGGGAACACAAUGUGGGCAGCUAUUGUCAACAUUGGCCUUCCUUUUGGGAUCUUCUACAGAUUGCAUGCUGUCGCCAGCCUUCUGGAAGUAUAUGUAAUAUCGUGA